CACAUUUUUGAUUGUGUCUGACAAGUUUUAACGCUCUCUCUCAUUUUUGCUCAACCACUUCUUCUACAAGUCUGUGUUCAACUGUGUUGCUGUCAAACAAUCAUUCACUACUACUACAAUCUAAUAAUAACAAAUAACAAAUUAAAAUAAUUAAAACAAUUAAAACAAUAUAACAAAACAAACAACAAUGGACUCUACAAUUAAAUGUGUAAAUAUAGGAGAUACAGGUGUAGGUAAAACUUGUGUACUAGUAUCAUAUACAGAGAAUGAAUUUCCAGAGGAACAUGUACCAACAGCCUUUGAUAAUUUCACUUCCAUUGUUGAAUAUAAAAAUAAUAGAUAUAAUGUACAAUUGUGGGAUACAAGUGGUCAAGAUAAUGAUUCAAUGAGACCUAUCAGUUAUAAUGGUGCUCAUAUCUUUUUAAUUUUCUUUUCAUUGGUUGAUAGAAAGAGUUUUGAAAGAGUUAAAGAUAAAUGGGUAAAAGAAUUAGAAGAAACAUCACAUAUUGAUUUACCAUAUAUUAUUGUUGGUAACAAGUUAGAUUUAAGAGAUGAUACUCAUACUUUAAAACAAUUAGGUGUCACUAAUCCUGUCACUAGAAAAGAAGGUGAAGAAUUAGCAAAGAAAGUUGGUGCUCUCUCUUAUAUGGAAUGUUCUGCUAAAACACAAACUGGUUUAGGUGAGGUUUUUGAGGCUGCUGUAAAGGCUGUCGUUGAUGAAGAAUGGAAAAAACAAAAUGAAGUUAUUAAAAAGAAGAAGGAUAAAGGUGGUAAAUGUAAUAAACAAUAAAAUUAUCAUUCAUUAUAUUAUAUUAAA